CCCAAAAACAAGUUUCUGAUAAAACCUCCUAUGACUCGACGGAAGGUAGGCUACUAGAGGGGCUUGAUAAUAUUACCUUCCCGGCACCAGUCAAGGGAUCGAGCUGGAGAAUAUUUCUUUGUGGUUUGCGGUAGCGAUGAUGCGACGGCUCGGUUUGAAGAGGGAAGAAGAUUUGCAGGAGCAGCAAAAGAAGGGGAGCAGAAACCAUGAACAAAACCAAUAUCAGUCCCCCCCUCCGAAUCGAGUUCCAGCCUCUCCCUAUUUCGAUGACGACUGUCACCAUUCAGAGAAUGAUUCCAGUUUUAACUUUGAUGGUUCUCAUACCGAAUUUCCACAAAGUAGCAGCAACAAAUCUUUAGAUAACUUUGGUGACGCCGAAGACUAUAUCAACACCAUGGCCGGUGGCAUUCAAAGCAAGGGAUACUACCAAUCUUUUGUGAUGGAAUCCCCUCCAUCCAUUAGAACAACGCCGAGAGACGGUGUCGGAAAUCUGCAUCAUAGGCAUAAUCAUCACAACAACGCCCACAUGACACCUGGUCAGGAAACUGGUCCCCACUUCAAACACAACUUUUACGAUGACGAAUCACCCAUGMAUCGKCUUAUGCGGCAACGACAAUUUCUCUCGCCACACAAACACCAUGCUAUCCAACAACUCAAUGACAAUCCCUAUCAUCACCAGAAAUUCUCUCAAUCCCUUCUUUCAUCGCUUGGUUCCGCUCGUGUGGUCCGAUGGUGUUUUUUAAUUGCUCUGUCCCUCUAUUUGGUCAUCCUCUUUCGAUCAACGUCGGACUUGGGUAGUCAUUCACGAAUGAAUUACGAUUUUAUCAUGGGGAACAUGUACGAUAUUAACUGUUUUUCCGGUUCGGGAUAUACUCGGGGCAUUGGUUGUCAACAACCGACUCCAUAUUGGUACAAGGAGCAGAUGAAACAGGCAGAAGAUGCACUUUUGAAACGAGAAACGAGGAAAAUUAAGCGUCGAGGUCGUACGAAACUGCCUUUGCUUUCUCGCGUCAAGAAGAGCAAAGUCAGCGUUGAUUGGCACAACGUCGAGUCUCUCGACGAAAAUCAGAACCACAAAGCGAAUGAUUUCAAAGAAGUCAAUAGCGAUGAUCUAGAUACUGCUUCAGUCGACAUGCUGUGUGGCUACUCGGCACAAAACAGUUCGCUGGUGUCUCCCGAAUCAUACCCAGCGAGUGCAGCGCUGAAUGAAAAUUCUAGGGUCAUGAUCACUGGCAUCUUGAAUCCGAUAGGACUGGCUUUAGCUCUGCGGCUCAAACAAGAAUGUGGCGUUCAGCAUGUCUGGGGGGUAGAUGCCAUGUAUCCGAACACGGUUCUCAACAGGCUAAUGGUACACGAACGUAUGUUAUUGCUCAACUCGAAUUCGGACGACUCGGAUUCUACGAGGCAAGUAGUUCUACCUUACUUGGGACUCGAUCCCAAAUCAAAAAAACUUACUAGUAAAAGUGGUGAAGAACCAAGGAAGCUGUCCUUGAAAGAUGAGAUGUUGUGGAUGCGAGGUUUUGAACCAACCCACGUCGUUCAUUUGGCAUCGUACUCAAUGGAUGCUUACAGCGAUACCCUGAUCGAUCCAAAAUGGAAAAACACCCACUCGCCGUAUAUUCCUAAUGAUUACGCAACAUCUUCAAUUAAAGGCGAGAUAGAGGAAGAGAUCGAACCCUACAUGUUUCCUUUGAGAUCUGGAAUGGUGGCCAUGGAACAGCUAUUGCAAACGAUGGCAGAAUUUUCAGAGGAGGACCGGCCACAGUUUCUGUAUACAGCAAAUUCCAAAAACUUCCCUGGCAGCUAUGGUAAAGUUUUCCAUGCAAUGAAACAGAUGGACGAGUUGCUGGUUGAUACCUACCACACUGGGCACAAUGAGAAGUUACCAUCGAUCGGGUUGCGACUUCCUAAUUCUAUUUAUGGUCCAUGGGGACAACCUGGAUCAGUCAUGCACGAUAUGCUCGAACGUAUUGUAGAAGAGAAUGGAGGGAAAACUACGAAUAGUACUGCGGGGAUCAAAAAGAAGAUGGAUGGAAGUGACAACUUGGAUCUGCUCUAUGUCGACGACGCGGUGGAUAUAAUAAUAUCUGCUCUCCAACAUCGAUCCGAUAAACCAAUGAAACUAGACGUUCCGCCGGAAAGAACGUCUUCAAUAGAAUCUCUUUCUUCCGCUGCUAGUUUUCUUUUGCGUGACGAUUCCACUGGUCACCAAUUAUCGGGAGAUGACCAAAGCCCCCAGAUAGAGAAAACUAAAGAAGCAUCACUGAUCCUUCCGAAGACGCAGAAAACGACGCUAAAGGAUGGCCUGGUAAAAACUAUUGCAUGGCAUAAGGAUCGCUUGUCACCUUUUGGCCCAGCUGCUAGAUCGGAUGAAGACGAAGAGUCUCCUGCUGAGAAGACAAGAUUUGAAACGGGAGAUGACUUUUUGCAGCGACACAAAAUGAAAACUUGCGGUCCAUACGAUACUGAUUGUCACAAAAACAACGAUUACUUGCCCUGUAAUUCUGAGUGCAACAUUCACGAUCAAUGCCUACCGAGCGUCUUUGAUGGUGUCCAGGACUUGCUCUAUGAUAUUUCGGAAGGUUGCGACGUUGUAAUGUACACUCAAAUGAUGGGAUUCAACGUUGAGGACGCUGAGUUGCACGCCGAAUAUAUGGAUGAUAGUAAUUUGGAUGACAAUGAACUAUUGGUGUGCAACUUUGCCAUCGUUCCGCGUGAGUCCGAUUUGGUGACCCUCGUAUCCAGCAAAGUUCCAAUGGAGCAGCUAGAUAAAUUUGGUAUCGAGCAUGAUAAUGGUAGCACAAACAUGAAGGCUUUCAAAGAAAAAAAACUUGAUGGUUUGAAUGGACGACUACUGUACAGGGGUUGGGUCCUUGUUUGGGUCAAAGAUGGAAUGCGAGAAUUGAGUGUUCCGGAUGCAUCGCUGCUAAAAUUAUCUCCGUCAAAAUUCUUUCAUCCCAAUGUAAAAUAUGGUCUCUUUGUCGAAGAUAACUUUAAGGUCUCGCCCAAUUUGGAUGAUGUUUUAUUCUUGGUAGACCAAAUGCACCGCAACAAGUUGAACGAUCGCACCCUGAAAAAGGAAACAGAAAUCGAAACUCCGAAUGGCCCCAUCAUUCAAAAGGUGAAGUAUCACAUCCCAGCAGAGCCAGCGCGACGAGCAGCCAUGUUGUUUGCUCCUCUCCGCUACCCCAACAUUGAUGAUCCUAUUGUCGAGCAAUACCGCGGGGGUCGUCGGCAGCUAACAGUGAAUCACGCUGCCAAGUUCAUGAGUUAUGAAGUCGGGUACCAACCCGGUGAUAGAGAAUCGGCUUCGCAUCGACGCCAAAGGGAAUUUUAUGAACGGAUUCCGGGAGUUGUCAAUAGAAAUACAGAGCUUCGGUCAAACUCUGAGCCAUGGUAUCGUUACUCCAUGAGGCACUGGGUUCGUUCCCGUUGGGUGCUGCAUGAUUUCACCCUUGAAGACUCUCGUUUGUUGCGCUGUGAUUGGUAUCAAGAACACGUUCAAUGGGGCAACGAUCUAGAUCAACUUUCGUUCGCGAAGGUUAUGGCAGUCCGUGAUCUGAAGCGCCGAUUGGCACACCAAGAACMAGACGACCGCAUCAAAUCAUUUAUUGAGAAGCACCCGGAGCUUCAUGGUCUGACGGAUUCAUACGAAUGGCAUUCUAUGGAAACCGAAGUCAAUAAGUUAUAUCGCGAACCCACCAAUUGGGAUUCGAAACCUCCUCCAUCGACUCAAGUUGCAGCGAACGCAAACGAAGAAUUAGAAGAGAACAGCUUGGACGCCAACGAUACACCGCUCUAUGUGCGCAUCAUGUCGGAAAGGGUCAUGGCAACAUCGAGAAAGGUUUGGGCCAAAAUGAGAAAGAAACUUGCCAAAGCUAAGAAAGAAAGGCAAGCUGAAUAAGCACACAAUCAUACAAUGUUACAAUUUGUUAUAAAAAUAGAGAGAAUACAAAAUUUACUGCUUU